GUUCGUUCCCUGUCAGCCUAGAGCGGCCAGGGUCGGAGAACCGCGUACCCCGCCAUGUUCUCCUUGGCGCUGCGGGCCAGGGCGUCCGGCCUCACCGCUCAGUGGGGAAGACAUGCAAGGAAUUUGCAUAAGACAGCAGUGCAAAAUGGUGCUGGAGGAGCCUUAUUUGUGCAUAGAGAUACUCCUGAGAAUAACCCAGAUACUCCAUUUGAUUUCACACCAGAAAACUACGAGAGGAUAGAGGCAAUAGUCAGAAACUACCCGGAAGGGCACAGAGCAGCAGCUGUGCUUCCAGUGCUGGACCUGGCCCAAAGGCAGAAUGGGUGGCUGCCUAUCUCUGCCAUGAACAAGGUGGCAGAAGUUUUACAAGUGCCUCCAAUGAGAGUCUAUGAAGUGGCGACUUUUUACACAAUGUACAAUCGAAAGCCAGUUGGGAAGUACCACAUUCAGGUCUGCACUACUACACCUUGCAUGCUUCGAGACUCUGACAGCAUCCUGGAGACCCUUCAGAGAAAGCUGGGAAUAAAAGUUGGAGAGACUACGCCUGACAAGCUUUUCACUCUUAUAGAAGUAGAAUGUUUAGGGGCCUGUGUAAACGCACCGAUGGUUCAAAUAAACGACGACUACUACGAGGAUCUGACACCCAAGGAUAUUGAAGAGAUUAUUGAUGAACUCAGAGCUGGGAAAGUUCCAAAACCAGGGCCAAGGAGUGGCCGCUUCUGUUGUGAGCCAGCCGGAGGCCUUACUUCUUUGACUGAACCACCCAAAGGACCUGGCUUUGGUGUGCAAGCAGGCCUUUAACUUACAUUCAACUGUAAAAAUGUCACUGGAGAAAUAAAAUAUGAACCUACUA